ACCAUCCUCUCGAAUCAGUUUCUUCAUAGCUAUCUCGCGGUUACCCCUUGUGUCUUCCCUCGCAUUCGGACGACAGCAAGAUAAUCUUGCGUUCUAAUUGCCUUUAUACAUCCGAUCGAUUCGUUUCCGAUAAAUAUAUUGCGAGGAAGAAAGUAACGCGCGAUCAAAAAGGGAAAAAAGGUGGCGAAAAAAGAGAAAUAAGAUUGCUACUGACAGAAAGACUUAUCGGAUAAUGGCCUACAGCUGGAACAAUCGAGUAGAUUUCAUUGUAAGAUUUCUUUACGACACGGAUAACAAUGGCAUAUUGGAGAAACACGAUUUCGAAUGCAUGGCUCUUAAGAUGACUUUGAUCGAGGGAAAAGGAGAAUUCAGUUACGGUCGUUAUCAGGAAAAUCUGCACAUUAUGCUUUCUUUGUGGGAAGAAAUUGCAGAGCUCGCCGACUUCAAUAAAGAUGGUAUUGUAACUAUCGAGGAGUUCAAAGAAGCAGUACAAAGAAGUUGCGUCGGACGAAAGUAUCAAGAUUUCCCACAAGCGAUGAAAAUGUUUAUCGACAGUCAUUUUAAAAUAGUAGAUUUAAAUGACGACGGUGUAAUCGCUGCCGAUGAAUUUCGCUAUAAUUGCGUCACAAGGAUUCCCGUAGACAACGUAAAUAUUUUGGACGAAGCCUACCAAAAUCUUCUUAAUGAUGAUGACCGAAGGCGCGGAGGACUAACUUUAUCUCGUUAUCAAGAAUUGUACGCGCAAUUCCUUGGCAACCCGGACGAAAAUUGUCCAGCAGUUCAUCUGUUUGGUCCUCUGCAUGCGAUGGAUUAACUAAAUACAUAUGUUUCGGAAUGAAUGACGAUUCUCACGUUGCACGUACAAAAGACAAUCCUGUUGUAUUUAAUUAUUAUUAUUAAUUUAUGUAAGAUGUAUGAUACACAAUAAAUCCACUAUUUUAUUGUAAAA